AUGUCGGGGGAAUGGAACGAUACAACACGGAGCGAUGUGGUUAGUUCCUCCUCCAAAUCAGAUUCAGAGUAUUUUAGAAUCCAGCUAAAUAAUCAGGACUACUAUAUGUCGAAACCCACCUUAUUGGACCCAUCACACGGUGAAAGCCUGCCCUUAAACCAGUUUUCACAGGUCCCGACUAUCAGGGUGUUUGGUGCUUUAUCUACAGGUCAUCAAGUAUUGUGCCACGUCCAUGGUAUUCUGCCAUAUAUGUUCAUCAAGUAUGAUGGUCAAAUAUCUGACGCAAGUACAUUGAGGCACCAAAGGUGUGCUCAAGUGCAUAAAUUGCUGGAAGGAAAAAUCAGAGCAUCCUUUAAAAGGGAAAAGUAUGAUAAACAAGAUUCACAUAGCGACAGACUUGGAAAUCUCAAUUUUGUCGCAGAUGUCUCUGUUAUAAAGGGCAUACCAUUUUAUGGUUACCACGUUGGUUGGAUGCUGUUUUAUAAAAUUUCUUUGCUCAACCCUUCCUGUCUAAACAGGGUUUCCGAGUUGAUUAGAGACGGCAAGAUUUUUGGAAAGAGAUUCGACAUAUAUGAAUCACAUAUCCCUUACUUACUACAGUGGACCGCCGAUUUCAAUUUAUUUGGAUGUUCAUGGAUAAAUGUCGAUAAGUGUUAUUUUCGCUCACCUGUUUUAAAUAGUAUGCUCGAAAUGGAUAAGAUGGCAUUAAAUGAUGAACUUCAGUUGUUGCUAGAUCGAUAUUGUGACUUACAGUAUAACGUACUCAAUAGAAGGGAUUUUCCACGAGUUGGAAAUGGAUUGAUUGAGAUAGAUAUACUACCGCAAUUCAUCAAAAAUAGAGAUAAGUUACAGCAUAGAGAUUUACAUCACGACUUCCUGGAGAAACUGGGAGAUACCUCUGACAUACUUGUCAAACCAUAUGUAUCUUCCACUAAAGACAUGAUAAAUGAACUUGCCAUGCAACGAAAAGCAUUGUCAUUGAAAGAAUAUGAAGUGCCGUCAGAGACGAAGCGCCACGUGGAUGGUCACAGAUGGCAAUCUUCUGAAGAAUUCGAAGCGUUUUAUGAAAAAGCUCAAGAUAAAACGAGUACUUUUGAUGGCCAAAUACCAAAUUUUGAAAACUUCAUAGAUAAGAACCAAAGGUUCUCAGCUAUCAAAACGCCUUACGAAGCACUGCCACGACUGUGGCCAAGUCUUCCACAGACGGAAAUAAACAGUACUAAUAUACAAAACCAAAAAAGGGAGGAGCAAAUUGAUGCCUCAUUCACAGAAUACGAGAUGUGGAGUAUUGAAAAUGAGCAAGAAGGCGUACAAGAAACAAAUGUAAAGCCCCAGUCUUAUUCAUGUUUACCGGAAGGCCUUGAGUCUCCAAAACACACUGUUAUAUUUUUAGAUCAUCAAACGAAACCUCACAACACGAUAAAUUUUUCAAUGGACUGUACUUUAACACAAAAUAUGGCAGAGAAACGAAAAUUCAGAUUAUCUGCUUCCACUGACAAAGCACCCUUAUUAUCCAGGAAGAGAAAAAAAGCUAUUACUGGGGGAUUACGCUAUGGGGAAAGAGCUUUUGUUUAUGAAGUGCCUCCCUUUGGUUAUGGAGAUAUUCUUGAUAAGUUGGAAGCCGAGGGAUUCCCAAAAAUGGAGUAUAAAGACCCUUUCUUUUCAAAUCCGGUUGAUUUAGAAACUAAACCUUAUGCGUAUGCAGGUAAAAGGUUUGAAAUAAGUUCGACACAUGUAUCCAAAAGAUUACCGGUCCAAUUUGGGGAAGAGAUCAUAUCAGUUUAUAACAAGCCACAUUUUGAUAUGUUUUCCUCCUGGAAAUAUGUGUUAAAACCGCCUAGAUAUGAUACUGUACGAAAAUGGUACGAAGAAGAACCCUCCAUAGGAAGGAAAAAUACUGAGUCCCAGAUAAGUAUGCACACACGUCACAGUAAGUUUUUAUACAAAUUUGCUAGUGAUGCGUCCGUAGAACAAAAAAGAAAAAAAAAUGGAGUUCACGACUCUCUUACUCAUUUGACACUUGAGAUCCAUUCAAACACCAGAGGCUAUAAAAUUCCAGACCCCGCGAUAGAUGAAGUUUCCAUGAUUAUAUGGUGUGUUGAGGAAGAAACCUUUCCUCUGGAUUUGGACAUUGCUUACGAAGGGAUUAUGAUCGUUCACAAAGGUUCCGAGGAUAGUACUUUCGCCACAAAAAUUCAGUACUGCAUUAAGGACAUUCCCGUCAUGUUCUAUGAAAGUGAAUUUGAUAUGUUUGAAGCGCUCACAGAUUUAGUAUUGUUUCUUGAUCCCGAUAUUCUUUCCGGUUUUGAGAUACACAGUUUUUCUUGGGGUUACAUAAUUGAAAGGUGUCAAAAAAUAUAUCAAUUUGACAUUGUCAAGGAACUUGCCCGAGUUAAAUGCCAAUUCACGACGAAGUCAUCGGAUGCCUGGGGAUAUGCCCAUUCUUCUGGAAUUAUGAUUACAGGAAGACAUAUGAUCAAUAUAUGGAGAGCAUUAAGGUCUGACGUAAAUUUAACGCAAUAUACUUUUGAAAGUGCUGCAUUCAAUCUCCUCCAUAAAAGAUUACCUCAUUUUUCGUUUAAAUCACUAACUAACAUGUGGAAUGCUAAAAACAACAUAACCGAAUUAAAGACCGUUAUAUGUUAUUGGUUAUCAAGAGCUCAGAUAAAUAUACAACUAUUAAGAAAGCAAGAUUACAUUGCUCGAAAUAUUGAACAGGCAAGAUUGAUUGGCAUAGAUUUUCAUUCUGUAUAUUACAGAGGAUCACAAUUUAAAGUUGAGUCUUUUUUAAUCCGAAUAUGCAAGUCCGAAAGUUUUAUCCUUCUCUCUCCAGGAAAGAAAGAUGUUCGCAAACAGAAAGCACUUGAAUGUGUACCUUUGGUCAUGGAGCCAGAAUCUACUUUUUACAAAAGUCCCUUAGUUGUUCUGGAUUUCCAAUCAUUAUACCCGUCAAUUAUGAUUGGAUAUAACUAUUGCUAUUCGACGAUGAUAGGACGAGUAAGAGAAAUAAGCUUAACGGACAAUGAACUUGGAGUAGCUAAGUUUUCGUUACCAAGAAAUAUUCUGACAUUGCUAAAAAAUGAUGUAACUAUUGCGCCGAAUGGUAUCGUUUAUGCGAAGACCUCUGUUAGAAAAUCGACGUUAUCCAAAAUGCUAACGGACAUUCUUGAUGUUAGAGUAAUGAUAAAGAAAACAAUGAACGAAAUAGGUGAUGAUAACACCACCCUAAAAAGACUUUUGAACAACAAACAACUAGCACUUAAAUUAUUGGCGAACGUCACUUACGGUUAUACAUCAGCCUCGUUCUCUGGACGAAUGCCGUGCUCUGAUUUAGCUGAUAGCAUUGUACAAACAGGCAGAGAAACUUUGGAGAAAGCAAUAGAUAUUAUUGAGAAAGACGACACUUGGAACGCUAAAGUUGUCUACGGCGACACAGAUAGUUUAUUUGUGUAUUUACCUGGAAAGACUGCUAAUGAAGCUUUUUCUAUAGGACAUGCUAUGGCAGAAAGAGUGACUCAAAAUAACCCAAAACCAAUAUUUUUGAAGUUCGAAAAAAUAUACCACCCCUCCAUAUUAGUUAGCAAAAAAAGGUACGUAGGAUUUUCCUAUCAGAGUCCUGCCCAAGCCCUUCCUAUUUUUGAUGCUAAGGGUAUUGAAACUGUUAGAAGAGAUGGUAUCCCAGCCCAGCAGAAGAUUGUCGAAAAUUGUAUAAGAUUACUUUUUCAGACGAAAGACCUUUCAAAAAUAAAAAAGUAUCUACAAGGUGAAUUUUCCAAAAUUCAAGUAGGCAAGGUAUCUGCCCAAGAUUUUUGCUUCGCAAAAGAAGUUAAGUUAGGAGCGUAUAAAAACGAAAAGACGGCCCCUGCAGGUGCCGUGGUUGUAAAAAGGAGAAUAAAUGAAGACCAUAGAGCAGAACCUCAAUACAAGGAGCGCAUACCUUAUCUCGUUGUUAAGGGUAAGCAAGGACAGCUACUGAGGGAAAGAUGCGUAUCACCGGAAGAGUUUUUAGAAAACGAGAAUUUAGAGCUGGACUCGGAGUACUAUAUAAACAAAACUUUGAUACCUCCGCUUAAUAGAUUGUUCAAUUUGAUUGGUAUAAAUGUUACUACCUGGGCCCAGGAGAUAGUAAAAUCUAAGAAGGCCAACACAACUAGUACAAAAGGAGAAAACAUAGUAAGGGUAGGAACUUCUGUAACAUGUUGUAAUUGUGGAGAAGAAUUUACCAAAAUACGUUCAAAUCAGUUAUGUGGUGAUUGUUUAGAGAAAAGAAGCACCACAUCAUCAUCGUUCCUCAUAAAGAAAUUAAAGAAACAAAACGAAUACGAAACAUUGAAGACCGUGUGCAGGACAUGCAGUUAUCGUUACACUUCCGAUGCGGGAAUCGAAAGCGAUCAUAUAGCUAGCAGAUGCAAUUCCUAUGACUGCCCGAUAUUUUACUCUCGUGUCAAAGCAGAAAGAUACUUGAAAGGUAACCAAGCUGUUCAGAUAGAGGAGGCGUUAAUAUCUCUAAAUGAUUGGUAA